AUGUCCAUGCGUGAGAGCAUUUCGCGCAUCUACGUGGGGAACCUGCCGUCCCACGUAACGCCAAGGGACGUAGAAAAUGAAUUUAGAAAAUACGGAACGAUACUAAAGUGCGAUGUGAAGAAGACCGUGUCAGGUGCUGCCUUUGCCUUCAUCGAAUUUGAAGACGCGAGGGAUGCAGCGGAUGCGAUAAAAGAAAAAGACGGGUGUGACUUUGGGGGGAAUAAGUUAAGGGUGGAAGUUCCUUUUAACGCCAGGGAUAAUGGGAAGUACAGCUCCAGAGGGGGUAGAGGGAUGAUGGGCAGGGGAAUGAAAUCCAGGAGAGGCAGAUACGUCGUUGAGGUCAGCGGACUGCCGCUCUCAGGCAGCUGGCAAGAUUUGAAGGACCACCUGAGAGAAGCAGGAGAGUGCGGCCACGCAGAUGUUUUUAAAAACGGCCUAGGAGAAGUGUCCUUUUUCCACAAGGAAGAUAUGCUCGAAGCGAUUGAAAAAUUUAACGGAUCUACCUUUAGGUCCCAUGAAGGUGAAAAAUCCAAAAUAACAAUCAGACAGAAAAAGACAUCGUGGCACCGGGAAGAUGGAGGGUACGGCAGAUACGGCAGCAGGAAUAGGAGCUAUUCCAGCAGGAGCUACUCCAGGAGCGAUAAACGGUCAUACACCAGAAGUAGAAGCUACAGUAGCAGAAGCUACAGCAGGAGCAGAAGCCGAAGCAGAAGCAGAAGUGGAAGCAGAAGCAGGAGUAGAAGUAGAAGUAGAACGUCCAGCAGCAGCAGAAGUAGAAGCAUGGAUAGAAGAAGAGACGCAUAUGAUAAGAAAAGAAGCUACUCUAGAAGCCUGUCUUACCAAGAUAGGAGAAAAAAUAACAGAUCCGCAUCAAAAUCGGGAUCUAGAUCUCACUCUAGGUCAGAUUCUAGAUCCUCCUCGUGGUCCCAUAAGAGAAGACACUAAUCGUUUGUAUUAUGUGGGUGGAUGUGAACGAGCUUUUCCCACUGGAACAACGGUGCGUAUCGACUUACAUAUUUGUGUAUUUUCAUGCUAAAUGUCUCGGUGUGCAUGGCCAUGGGUGUAUUUGUGCCCAUGCGCCCGUCCUUGUAUGUACUUUUUACAUGCGCGCGGAAUGAGGAAGGAUGAGGAAGAAUGAGGAAGUUUUCCCUUAUGAUUCAUCCCACUCGCGUGCUUAUCUUAAAUUAGGUGUUUCUCCCCCUUUAGCAUUAUUUUAAGGUUUAUCCUCUUCAUAACGCAAUUUAGCAGGCACGCUAUAUCUGCACACGUGGGGGUGUACGUGUAUAGACGUGUGUACCCCGUCCCUCAGGUCACUUCCCAGUCGAGGUGCAUGAUUGCUUUCAUUUCAUUUUAUUUUAUUUUUUAUUAUUAUUUUUUUUUUUUUUAGCCACCCACCUACAUAUUUAUGUGUUCCCCUCCCCCUACGCUGUGUGUACAUGUGCGCAUAGUGGGACACAUGCGCAUGUACACAUGAGCAUAUGCGUAUGUUUGCAUGUACGCGUGUGAAUGUAUGCUUCCAUCACGCGUGUUAACGUAUGCUUCCAUCACUCGUGUGAACGUAUAUGCUGCCUUCACUCGUGUGAACGUAUGUUGCCUUCACGCGCGCCCACACCACAGGGACGAGUUGCCGCGCACUGCAUGGACUGUUUUAUAAUUUUUUUUAAAAAUUAUUUAUAAAUAAGAUAUAGCAAAGUAGGAUAUG